AUGGGUUUUACUCCCGCCGCUUGGGACCUCUGGCCAAAAUACAACCUCUUGGGAAAAGCCGUCUUGGUUGGCUUCCUGUUCCUCUGUCACUUCCUCAUCGUGACUAUUCUCAUUACUGUUCUGACAAACUCGUUCAUGGCUAUCGUCCAAAAUGCUAACGAGGAGCAUCAAUUCCUNUUUGCUGUUAACACUAUCUCCAUGGUGAAGUCAGACGCUCUAUUCUCAUACAUCCCACCCACGAAUCUCUUUGGUUGGGUAGCGUCGCCAUUACGCUACCUCAUACCCUUCAGAAAAUUUGUCAGGUUCAACAGGACCAUAAUCAAGGUCACUCAUCUCCCGAUGUUAUUCGCCAUAUUCGCUUAUGAGCGCUUGUUCCUUGUGCGCAACGCGUACACCCCCAUGGAUCUUGUUGAGCGCAAGGCGCCUAGAAGGGGUCGUCUACCUGCUUUCAGCAUGAAGAACACUGGUCCAUUCAGCCCUGGUACUCGUCUUCGUGAACCAUCCAUUGUUUCUUUUCACAAAGACCGCGCUCUGGAGGAAGUCUUCCGCCGACCGUUUGAUAUGACAACGAGAACGAUAUCUCAGCAUUCGAACCCCGACCAACGGAAAGCGACUGUUGUAGACAACUGGAUGCAAGACAUGGGUGAUGAAGGAGGUGCAAGCCCUCCGAUGGAACAGCCCCGCUCCGUCUUGGAAAGGCUGGAGAACCGCAGACCAGGCAUUCGUCGCGCUCAAACGUCCGCUAACAGAAUUGCUACGGUCAAGCGCGACUUCUCAACAACCUCUAGAUCUGUCUUAUCUGAUCCUGAAGAUCUUGCUUCCACAAUCUUCCCAAGGCCUACACCAAUGCGGAUUGAGGAAGAGACGGACCUUGAAAUGGAACGCGAAGAUAUGCCUCAAGAGACAGAUGCUGAUGGUGACGACGAGCUUCUGACCAAUGACGGUGAUAACGUUACGGCUACUGGUUAUGAUAGAACGCCGACAGGAACCCCAGAUCUCAUCGAGAGGAAAGACCCAUCUCCAGACAAACCUACGGCAAAAGAUUACUUCGAGGGAGCGGAUUUCCAGACUGCAAGUUCGGUUCCAAACUCCACGAGAGCACGACUCAUGAGUGGAGAGCACAAACGUGAUAGUCACCGGCGCAACGUGUCACACAGUACUAUGGUCUUCUCGCCGGUUGUGGAGCAAGGAUACACUUCAUCUGCCUCCGAACACGUACCCAAGCAAUCUCGCCCUACGACAUCCAAGCACAACAGUGGUGGCUCAACACCGCUGGCUCCACCGGCGCCUCUGUCUAGUGGUCGUAAGACACCACGUACGAGCAACCCCAGCAGGGUGCGUCCUAAUAUGCCUAAUCGGCUCUCACAAUAUACUGCACCCAACAUACGCUUCGAUCGUUUCGGCGACUCGACACGUCGUGCAAACAGACAGCCAUCUUUCAAUGCUCUCGCCCUUGACUUGGCAUCUGACUUUGGUGACCAUCACCGGCGUGACUUGACUCCAGAGCCCUUGUCGCCAGGCUAUCAGCCUAGCAUCCCAGCAAGCUUCAGCGAGCAGAUGCUUCGCGAACGUGAGUUGGCUCUGGACAAAGAACGACGCCGUCAGGAGCAGCGGCGUCGCAGUCAAGAGGAGGAGAAGGGCAUGGUGGGCAGAAUCAUGCUGACGCGCAUGAACACGCUCGAAGAAGGUUUCAGAGAAAUCCUUCGCGAGGUGCGCGACUUGGCACAUACCUCGCGCGGAACCAGUGACGCGGGCAUGACAGGUAUGAUCAACUCACGGUCGUCACUGGUGGUGCCGGCGUCGUCAGAUGGCAAUGCACUGUCUAGACCUAAGACUCCUGUUAGCAGAACAGGAGGUGCGAGCGAGAGAGCCAGAAGUCCCAAGAAGGGCAAAGGCAAGAACAAAAGCAAGGGCAAGAAUUCUAUCAACAGCAGCAGUGAAGCUGAUCCGAUCAGUCCUCUGACUGUUCAGGAAGGCCCAUCCCAAGCCACAAGUCCUACGACGGUGGAGGAACCUGAGACGCCCGCCACCGUCAGAGCAUUAUCCACGCAUGCUGAAGAAGGAGCCAAUGAUGAUUAG